AUGGCAGAAAUAGAAUGGGGAAAUCAAACAGUCAUUUUCCUCCUCCUAGGAUUUGGGAAUGUCCCUGAGCAGCAGAUUCUUCUCUUUCCCCUCUUCCUAACUAUCUACAUUGUGACUGUUUCUGGGAACAUCCUUAUAAUUGUGCUGGUUGUGGGUGAUCACCACCUUCAUAACCCCAUGUACUUCUUCCUGGGAAAUUUGUACUGCUUGGAGACCUGCUACACAACAAACAUCCUGCCCAGAAUGCUGGCCAGCUUCUUGACUGGGGACAGAACCAUUUCUAUCAGAAGUUGUACCACACAAUUUUAUUUCUUUGGCUUUUUGGCAGCUACAGAAUGCUGUCUUCUUGCAGCCAUGUCUUAUGAUCGGUAUGUAGCGAUAUGCAAACCCCUUCUUUAUGCAUCUCUUAUGAACAACAGAUUGUGUAUUCAACUCAUCACUGCUUCUUGGAUGAAUGGAUUUUUGUGUAUUUCCAUAGUAAUGUGCUUAAUGUCACAAAUGCAGUUCUGUGGGCCUAAUGACAUUGAUCACUUCUUUUGUGACUUUACUCCACUGAUCAGACUGUCCUGUAAUGAAACCCACCUGGUAGAGAUACUGGCUUUCUUAUUUUCUUGCAUAUUAACACUUCCCUCUUUCCUGUUAACCCUGAUAUCUUAUGUUUGUAUCAUUGGCACCAUCCUAAGGAUCUCUUCCACCACUGGGAGGCAGAAAGCCUUUUCCACCUGCUCCUCUUACCUCAUUGUGGUGACCCUUUUCUAUGGGACCUUGAUUGCUGUGUAUCUGUUACCUAAAACCACUAGGCUGAGGGCCCUCAACAAGGUGUUCUCCAUCUUCUACACUGUCCUGACUCCCAUGGUCAACCCCCUCAACUACAGCUUGAGAAACAAGGAAGUGCAUGAAGCUUUGAGAAAAGCUUCCAAGAAACUAAAUGAGAGUUUCAGUACUUAUUUUUUCCCCCACUGA